AUGGAUGCCCAAAAUUUCCAAAAUCUUCCUCUCUUUGAAUAUUACAAAAUUCUUCAUAUUCUGACCAUUUUUGUAGUUAAUAGUGAUGUAAGAUCUGAUGCCGUAACACCACAUAACUUGCAGUUCAGUAUACUACCAGUAAAUUCAUACAGUCGUAAACCAUUCAGUAAUUCCACAAUGGAUAGAGAACUUUGCGUCGCUGAGGUUGAAGUUCAGGCAGACAUGCCAUUGGUUGUUGCCACUAGCCAUCUUAAAGGUCCUAGUCCUGGCCCUCGCAAUUGGGAUCAGUCGUUCAGCAAGGAACGUGUUGCUCAGGCAAAGGAAGCGUUGACCUUUCUUAAAAAAAAUGUAAACGUGAUUUUUUGGGGUGACAUGAAUUGGGAUGACGAUUUGGGUGGUCAAUUUCCUUUGCUCGAUGGAUGGGUUGAUGCCUGGGUACAGUUAAAACCAAGAGAAAAUGGAUGGACAUAUGAUACCAAAUCUAACAAGAUGCUUAAUGAUGAUUGGCCUGUGCAAAAGCGACUUGAUCGAUUUGUAUGCAAUUUGCGUGAUUUCAAGAUAAGAGGAAUAGAAAUGAUUGGCAUGGAGGCAAUACCAGGUCUAUCAUAUUGGAAGAAAGGGAAAAACAAUGUGGACAAACGGCCCGUGUUUCCUAGUGAUCAUUAUGGGUUGCUAUUAACAAUCUGUGCCAAGUAAUGCUAGUUAAGUGGUCAUAUCUAAGCAGGCAAGCAGAGUGUUGAUUGUGUUUUUGUGCUCUUCAAUGGUAUCAUGCUUGAUAUGUACUUGUUUUUAUAGAUAAUAGAGUGAUAUUAAGAGGGUUUAUAACCUUUUGUGGAGAAUUGUUUUCUAUAUUUUGUAAGAAACUACUUCUAUGGAAAGCUGGAUUGUUUUUUUAGUUUUUGGUCUGUCAUCCCUAGCAUCAAACUGAAUGUAUUAUCUACAUUUUGCUCAUAAAAUUUCAAAG